GACUUUUAUUUUGCCCUGUCACGUGACUUCCGCCGACGGUUCAAUAGCAAGAUGGCGGCGGGCGGCAGCGGCGGCGAUGAAGCGUUUCAGACCUUCUACACAGAGGUGAAGCAGAUCGAGAAGAGAGACUCGGUCUUGACCUCCAAACAGCAGAUCGACAGGUUACUGCGUCCAGGAGCCUCGUACUUCAACCUCAACCCCUUCGAGGUUCUUCAGAUCGAUCCUGAAGCCACAGACGAGGAGCUGAAGAAGCGUUUUAGACAGCUGUCUAUCCUCGUCCAUCCAGACAAGAACCAGGAUGACGUGGAUCGAGCUCAGCUGGCGUUUGAAGCGGUGGAUAAGGCCUAUAAGAUGCUGCUGGAGCCGGAGCACAAGAAGAAGGCUCUGGAUGUGAUCCACGCAGGGAAGGAGUACGUGGAGCACACGAUGAGCCAGAAGAGGAAGCAGCUGAAGAAGGACGGGAAGCCCACCGUCGUGGAGGAAGACGACCCGGAAGUGUUCCGGCAGGCGGUUUAUAAACAGACCAUGAAGCUCUUCGCUGAGCUGGAGAUCAAGAGGAAAGAGCGAGAAACCAAGGAGAUGCAUGAACGGAAAAGACAGCGAGAAGAAGAGAUUGAGACGCAGGAGCGCGCCAAGAGAGAGCGAGAGUGGCAGAAGAACUUCGAGGAGACGCGUGACGGUCGUGUGGACAGCUGGAGGAGCUUCCAGUCUAAAGGAAAGACUAAGAAAGAGAAGAACCGCACGUUCCUGAAGCCUCCUAAAGUCAAGAUGGAGCAGCGCGAGUGAGACGCUCCUGUUCUUCUGCUAAUAAACAUGCAUCUGUGGAUACUCUGUUCUAGUUUUUAUAUUGUACACAAUUAAACCUUGUUUCUGUCCGACUGUAGGAGUUUUGUGUUAUUCAUCUGUGAGAAGAGUUUCAUAUUAAAUGAGUGAAUCUGGA